AUGGCCGCAAAAGGCAUAAAGCCGAUUGCUCCAGUGCCAACUGCCAAUGAUUUUCUGGAUAUCGUAUUGUCAAAGACGCAGCGCAAGACGCCGACGGUCAUUCACAAAAACUUCAAGAUCAGUCGAAUACGGAACUUUUAUAUGAGAAAAGUCAAGUUUACCCAAGAUUCGUUUGAUGAAAAGCUCGGGGCUAUCCUAGAGGACUUUCCUAUCCUCGAUAACCUUCAUCCAUUCCUAUCCUCGCUGCUCAACGUCCUCUACGACAAAAACCACUACAAACUCGCAUUGGGUCAAUUGAACACGGCGAGACAUCUUAUUGAUCAAAUAGCUAAGGACUAUGUCCGACUACUCAAGUUUGGCGACAGCCUCUAUCGCUGCAAACAGCUGAAAAAGGCGGCCCUCGGUCGCAUGGCGACGGUAAUGAAGAGGCAAAAGGAUCCGUUGGCAUACCUGGAGCAAGUUCGACAACAUAUUUCACGUCUCCCUACAAUCGAUCCCAACACGAGGACGCUUCUUGUGUGUGGCUAUCCUAACGUCGGAAAAUCGUCUUUCGUGAACAAGGUUACACGGGCAGACGUCGAUGUCCAGCCGUAUGCAUUCACCACCAAAUCUCUCUUCGUCGGCCAUCUAGACUACAAGUAUCUGCGAUGGCAAGUUAUUGAUACUCCAGGAGUUCUUGACCACCCACUGGAGGAGAUGAACACCAUCGAGAUGCAGAGCAUUACCGCACUCGCGCAUCUUCGGAGUGCAGUGUUGUAUUUCAUGGAUCUCAGUGAACAAUGUGGCUACACGGUUGAAGCACAAUGCAAGCUAUUCCACUCCAUAAAGCCCCUGUUUGCCAACAAGCCAACCUUGUUGGUCAUUAACAAGAUUGAUGUCAUGCGUCUUGAGCAGCUUCCAGCAGAAACAAGAACUCUUGUUGAUCAAAUCAUCGAAGGCGACAAUGUCAAGGUCGUCCAAGCCUCAUGUCAUACAGACGAGGGUGUAAUGGACGUGCGAAAUGCUGCAUGUGAUGCUCUACUCGCACACCGUGUCGAAGUCAAACUUAAGGGAAAUAAGCUCAACCAGGUCGCCAAUCGAAUUCAUGUCGCCAUGCCCAAACCAAGAGAUGACAUUAAGCGGGAGCCGUAUAUCCCCGAAGCAGUACUCAACCGACGAAAGUACGAUCCCAACGACCCAGAGCGACGCAAAUUGGAGAAGGAUAUUGAACCAGAGCAAGGGGGCGCAGGCGUCUACAACAUUGACAUGCGGAAGCACUGGAUGCUCGCCGACCCAUCUUGGAAGGACGAUCCGAUCCCAGAAAUCAUGGACGGCAAAAAUGUUGCAGACUUUAUCGAUCCCGACAUUGCUGCCAAGCUUGAAGCUUUGGAGAGAGAAGAGGAAAAGUUAGAGGCAGAGGGAUUCUAUGACAGUGAUGAAGACAUUACCGACUCUGAUGACGAGAGAGAGGCUGAGGAGCUACGGCAAGCCAAGAUUCACAAGGCUGAAUCCCAGCAAAAGAAGAAAAUGAAGAAUAGGCCCAUUCUUCCAAGGACUGCAGGCUUGACGACUCUAAGCGAAAUGUCAGAAAAGCUUACCAAGGCCGGAAUCGAUCCAAGUCGUAUUGUGGAACGCGCACAGCUGUUAGCCAAGGCACGCGGUGCCCAACGAAAGCGGAAGCGAGACGAAGACGAAGAGAUGGAGGUGGACGACGAUGAAAAUGAAGGCUCUGACACUAUGAUGGACGUGGAUGAUGCCGACUCGCCACGAAAGAGGCAAAAGGGCAUCAACGGUGCCGCUCAGAUUGCACCUCACGGCAAGCGGGUGCCGAAAACGGACAGAACUACAAUUGGUAUGCGAGAUGCGACACAAAUCUCCAAAGCAGUUCAACUACGCAACCUGGGCCAACGAAGCCGAAAUAUGAUGGCAAAGGCUGGCGAGUCAGAUCGCGCUAUUCGAGUCAAAAUGCCCAAGCACCUGUAUACUGGCAAGCGCAAAAUGGGCAAAACCAAUCGCCGUUAG